UUACAUUUAGAAGAAAAACGGAAAAAGCUUUCGACCCCCAAAUCUCUCAAAUCAAAACUACUGCUUAGUUGAGUCCUGUGGCUUUUUCAGACAAGCUUGAAGUCCUUUUGUUCAAACAAUCCUCAAAACCAAACCAACGCCCUCCCAGAAGAUCUUCCUACAAAAAUGAAACGAAAGAAGUGGUCAGAGCUUGAAGAACAAACCCUUUUGUCCAAAUACUCUGAUCUUCUCAAUUCAGGAACUUUAUCCAAACUGAAAACCAGAGAGAAAAAGUUCAAGCCUAUAGCUGACCACGUUAACUCAGUCCAUCAUCUUCAAGAUCCCAUUACUUUUCCUUUCAAAUGGUCUUGGCGUGAUGUGUCUAUUAAGGUUCAAAACAUGAGGCACCAGUACUUGGGGGUGAAGCAGAAGAUUAGGAUUUCAAAGGAUGAGUUUAAUUGGAAAGAUGGUGAGAAUCAUUGGGAAAACUUUUUGAAGUAUAAAGAGGUUUUUGGUGAUGUGGAACUUGAAGUUAAAGGGAAGAAAGGAAGUGAAAGUAAUGGUAAUGGGAGUGAUUUGUUUGAGGAUUGCUGUGACUUGGGGUUUGAAAUUGAUAGUGAGGAUUUUGAGGAGGAAGAGGAAGACGAUGGUGUUGAUGGGGAUGGGGAUGGAGAUGAUGGUGGUGAGGAGAAGGUCGGGAGUGAGGGUGAGUUUGGAGGAGAGAGGGAAUUUGGUGAUAUUGGUAUUUCUCGGGUUCGAAAAUCGAGGAAAGGUUUAGGAGGAAGUAAGGGGUUUGGUUUGCUUGGGGCACAAGUUUUGGAGUUGAGAGAUGUGGUGGUGAGGAGGGAAGAAAAAAGGAAGGAAAGAGAGUUUGUAAGAGAGAAAGGAGAGAUGGAGAGGGAGCAAAAGAGGAGAGAGUUGGAAUUUGGCAAGGAGAAGCGAUGGAGUGAGAGGGAGGAGAGGGUGGAGGAUAGGGAAAUGGAGUUGGAGGAAAGGGAGUUGGUUUGGGCUAGGAGGGAGGGUGACAGAAGAUUGAGGUUAGAGAAGGAAUUGGAUGAGGAGAGGAGAAGGAGAAGGAGAAUGGAGGAGAAGCGUGAAGAGGAAGAGAUGGAAUGGAAGGAGAGGUUGGUGGGAUUGCAGAUUGAACAUGAGAAAACAAUGAUGCAAAUGCACAUGGAUGCAUGCCAGAACCAAAUGCAGAUUCUUGGGGUUAUGUCUAGACUCUUUUGUCAGUUUUAUGGUUCAGCAAAUGAUGGAUUAGGAGCUGGUUUGGGGGGUUUGCCUCCUCAAGUUUUGCAAAAUUUGCACAAUGCUGGAGGUUUGGGUGACAAUGUGAAGCCUGAUUCCAAUUCUCCUUCUGAAUUCAUCUAGAGUAUAAUUCAAUCACUUUAUGCAUAGUAUUGUCGCUGAAGCUCAAAUAAAAUGUAAAGGUAGUUGACUUUUAUUUGUAUAUUGGAUGUUUUCUGGUAUGAUAGCUGGAUAGAAUGAGUUGUUACUCUUAACAUCUGUUGCAUUGAUUUAUUAUGAUAUAAAAUUAUGCAAUUUUUGCAUAGUCUUAUUUGACAUUUGCAACUUAAGGUUCCUGAUUAGUUGCUUUUUCUUGUUAAAAUAGAUGAUGCAUGAUGGGCAUAGCAAAUUGAUUGAUUAUGCUUAUUUUAAGAAGGAAGGAAAUUAUGUUAUACUCAACUGAAAUUAGUUGUUUUUACUUUCCUCUGCUUAUUGGUAAAGCAAAAACGUAGCUGCUUUUGUUGUAUUUUUUGUCCAUUAAGCUUGUGUUACUUUUGGUGCUAUAUUGUUUAAUGUUAGAACAGACAUGCUUUUCUUAGGAAUUGAAUAAGUAUUAUACAUACAAGAAAGAAAUUUAAAAAUGAAAAAAGAACAAAGUGAAAGGAAAAUGUGAGAUUGUUAUGCGAAAGAGAUAAUAAAAGGAAAAAGUAAAUAAUUGAUGUUGCUUGCCUAAAAUUCUGGUUUCGUUUGAAUAAAUUUUCUUACUGGCAUUGAUUAAGGAAUGGACAUUACUGAUUUCCUUGGGAAGCAUGCUUGACAACACUCAUUUUCUUCCCCAUCCACUGCUUUAUGCCUUAAUCCUUUAUGUUUGAUUAUUGUGAGGACUCUUGGAUGAAUGCAAUGUUUUCUUGGUAGUAGCUUGAUCUGAAAUGCAGCUGAAAGUGCUGUGAUUCUUCGGUACUUGAACUGGUAAGCUCUCUCAUUAAUAAUAAUAGAAAUAGAGCCAGAAAUUUCUUGUUUUAUUUCAUUUGCACAAUCCAAUUUUAGUUCAAGCUAACUUCUAUGUCAAUGAGUUUUGUGUUUCUGUUCACUGCAUUGAGUGCCAUGAUGCUGUUAAAAACAAUGAGAGAACUUGUUUGAGACAACGAAACAUUUGUAUGCAUAAGUGCUCUGAAGUUGUAGAAUCAGAGUCAUUUUGAAUGAUGAGAUAAAAUUUCUGAAGUCGGCUCAGUUUUCACACUUUAGUUAGCAGUUUUUUAGUUGUCCUGUUUAUGAAACAGCUUUUAAUUGUUUCUUUUAAGACAAUACAUUUAUCUUUUGGUUUCAAUUUUGAUUUUCCUCAUGCCUUCUUUUUCUUCUGUUUGACAUCUGGAGUUUCAUUGUCUAUGAGGGCUUUUGUCUUUAUGGGUGUGUGUAUACAUGGAUGUGAGAUUGUCUCUGGGUUUUAGUGUUUUCACUUGCCUGCAAUGCUGCAAAUGGAGAAAUAAGUUUAAGACUAGGAGGAAAUUGGCGAAAGAACAGGGCAAAAAGAAUUGGAAAUUAAGGGAAUUAAACAUGGGGGAAGUGAUGAAAUUUGACAGAGGCAAAGUGAUGGAGAAUAUGGAGCUUCUAGCAGGUUGGGCAAGGUAACUGUUCUUUUAAAAGAUGUUCAGAUAGAAUGUGUAUGUGACGAAGCUGGAGAGGAACAUAAUGACAGAGGAGAAAAGGGUACUAGAAGAGAAUGUAAAGUGGGUAGAAUUCAUGAUCAGGUUGCCGGUUUAGCACAAGGCUAAUGAAAAAUAAUUUGUAUCGCUGUCCUCUCAAGCCAACACGGAUUCCUGAGCUUAUUACUCGCCUUUCCUUGCAAGGAUUUCUGCCUCUUAUGAGAGCCAGAAGCUCAUUUGUAUGCUGAGUAGAUGGUAAGUAAACUAUUCUUUUUUGUUUUAUCGGUCAAUUAAGCUUGUAUCAGUAUGAGUGAAGGUCAAGUGAUUUUCUUGAUAUUGGACAGUCUCAUGAAUAGUCAGAGAGAAUUGUAAUAACUUUCAUCAUCUUCUUUUACAGUGAAUUUUGUCCAGAAUUAUAUGUAAUUGUCUUAUAGUUUUAUCUGAAA